CUCCAAUUUGCCUUUUCCGGUACGCGCGCUUUUGAUCUGCAGUGAAACGGCCUCUCCCGCGCUCCACUGCCUUCACGUCGCCACGCGAAACACGGCGCCCGCCCCCAGUCCUUGUCGCAACCAGUCUCGACCACAACACUCGACCAGGAUGCCUGUCGUUCCGAGCGACAAGCUGGUGUCGCUGCAGCAGGCGGCUGAUGGCAUCAGGAACAUUUGCAUCCUAGCUCACGUGGACCAUGGCAAGACGUCCCUCACCGAUGCCCUCAUAGCCACCAAUGGCAUCAUCUCCCCCAAACUCGCUGGCAAGAUCCGCUACCUCGACUCGAGACCCGACGAGCAGUUGCGCGGCAUCACCAUGGAGUCGUCCGCCAUCUCGCUAUACUUUUCCCUGCUGCGACGCUCCGCGCCCGACGCACAGCCAGAGCCCAAGGAAUUCCUCAUAAACCUUAUAGACUCGCCGGGACACAUAGACUUCAGCUACGAGGUCUCUACCGCAUCACGUCUCUGCGAUGGCGCUGUCGUGCUUGUAGACGCCGUAGAGGGCGUGUGUAGUCAGACUGUCACAGUGCUGCGACAGUCGUGGAUAGAGAAGCUGAAGCCUUUGCUCGUCAUUAACAAAAUGGACAGGCUAAUCACAGAACUCAAGAUGAGCCCUGGAGAGGCAUACACACAUCUGAGCAAGCUGCUCGAACAGGUAAACGCCGUCAUGGGCAGCUUCUACCAAGGCGAGCGCAUGGAGGACGACCUCCGAUGGCGCGAGAAGAUGGAAGAGAGACUAAACGCUGCAGCUGAGAAUACUGACACACGAUCCUCAUCCAUACCAGAGAACGGUGAAAGCAUCGAUACCACGAGCACACCCGCCGAGUACGAGGAGAAGGACGACGAAGACAUCUACUUUGCCCCAGAGAAGAACAACGUCAUCUUCGGUAGUGCCAUCGACGGCUGGGCAUUCACGGUAAGACAGUUCGCCAGCCUGUACGAGAAGAAACUAGGCAUCAAGCGCUCCAUUCUCGAAAAGGUACUAUGGGGCGACUUUUACCUAGACCCCAAGACGAAGCGCGUACUCAGCUCCAAGCAUCUCAAGGGUCGCCAUCUUAAGCCCAUGUUCGUCCAGCUCGUCCUAGAUAACGUGUGGGCCGUAUACGAGGCCACUACGGGAGGUAACAACGGGAAGGGAGAUCCUGCUAUGGUCGAGAAGAUUACCAAGUCACUCAACCUUAACGUUCCAGCACAUAUCAUGCGUUCUCGCGACCCGCGCGCACUCCUAAUGGCACUCUUCGCAGCUUGGCUUCCACUAUCAACCGCCCUCUUAGUUUCAGUCACCGAAUAUCUACCCGCCCCCUCCAAAGCGCAAGCCGAACGCAUGCCCGAAAUCAUCGAUAGCUCGCCAGGUGCCGAUUACGUUGCACCAGAAGUGCGCGACGCCAUGACCAACUUCAAGGCCUCCAAGGAUGACCCUGUCGUAGCCUAUGUCAGCAAGAUGAUCUCAGUGCCUUCUAGCGAACUACCUCAGAACAAGCGAAGAGGUGGCGCACUCACAGCUGAAGAGGCAAGGGAGAUGGGACGGAAGAAGAGGGCAGAGAUUGCCCGGCAGCAGGCUAUCGCCAACGGCGAGGACGCUGACAUCGGUGGAGUCACAGACGCAUUAAGUUCUGCUGCUAUUGGAGAAACCGAGACGCCUGUAGAAGAGACACCAGUGCCCGACGUAGAAGCCGAACACCUCAUCGGAUUCGCACGUAUCUUUUCUGGUACCUUGAGUGUUGGCGACGAAGUGUACGUUCUUGGCCCUAAAUUCACCCCCGCGAACCCACACGCCUCUCCGGAGCCACAAAAGGUCAAAAUCACUGCGCUGUACCUGAUGAUGGGUCGCGGUUUGGAGCCAUUGACCUCGGUGCCUGCCGGUGUCGUCUUUGGCAUUGGUGGACUCGAGGGCCACAUCCUAAAGUCCGGCACUCUCUGCUCCCAGCUUCCUGGAUCCGCCAAUCUUGCUGGUAUUCAGAUGGGCUCAGAACCUAUUGUGCGCGUUGCGCUCGAGCCUGAAAACCCAUAUGAUCUAGACAAGAUGAUCAAGGGCUUGAAGCUACUUGUCCAGAGCGAUCCAUGUGCUGAAUACGAGCAACUGCCUAGCGGAGAACAUGUCAUCUUAACAGCUGGCGAAUUGCAUCUUGAGCGAUGUCUGAAGGAUCUUCAAGAGCGAUUUGCAAAGUGCGAAAUCCAGGCUGGCGAACCCAUUGUGCCAUACCGAGAGUCAAUAGUGGCUGCAACCGAGAUGAACCCACCCAAAGACCCUAAUCUACCACGAGGAACAGUCAUUGGCGAGACUGCUAGCAAGCAUGUUUCUGUUCGCUUACGAGUUCGCCCACUACCAGCCAGUGUGACAGAAUUUCUGGGCAAGAACGCGGGUGCGAUCAAGAAGUUGUACUCGGAGCGACGAGCCGAAGACGAAGGAGAGCAUCGCGUGCACGGUGCUGAGGAUGAUGGCAUACAAGAGGCUGAACAACGCGAGAUUGGACAAAGUCUGAACUUUGACGAAUUUAAGAAGCAGCUCAAGGAGGCAUUCGCCGAGGCCAAGGGACAGAAAGAGAUCUGGACCGACGUGAUUGAAAAGAUUACAGCCUUUGGUCCUCGGAGAAUAGGACCAAAUAUCUUGGUCGACGCGACCAAGGACGGUAUCUGUGGCAGGGCACUCCGCGAGUCAUCUUCUCCAGAUGUUGACGCGGACCAUACCGCCGACCGCACUAUAUCCGCACGCACCUUCUCCUCUACAAUCUCCUACGCCUUCCAGCUCGCCACUGCGCAAGGUCCCUGCUGUGCCGAGCCUGUUCAAGGCAUCGCCGUCUUUCUCGAGGACGUCAUCCUCAACAUCCCCGACGAUGAGAGCGCACAAGAUCGCGGUCGCUUGACUGGUGAAGUCAUCAAGGCUGUACGUUCCUCCAUUCACCAAGGCUUCCUGGACUGGUCACCUCGUAUGCUUCUGGCAAUGUACAGCUGCGAAAUUCAAGCUUCCACCGAUGUUCUCGGCCGUGUCUACGCCGUUUUAACGCGUCGUCGUGGAACUAUUCUUUCUGAAACCCUGUCCUCUACUUCCUCUGCUUCAACCACUGGCUCGCAGACCUUUACCAUCAACGCACUUCUUCCCGUUGCCGAGUCCUUUGGCUUCAGCGACGAGAUCCGGAAGCGCAGUUCCGGUUCCGCGAGCCCGCAGUUGAGGUUCGCUGGUUUUGAGAUGCUGGAUGAAGAUCCCUUCUGGGUCCCUUUCACGGAAGAUGAGCUUGAGGAUUUGGGUGAGCUGGCCGAUCGAGAGAACGUUGCCAAGAGAUACGUAGAUAAGGUCAGGAGGAGGAAGGGACUUCGGGUUGCGGGUGAAAAGGUGGUCGUUGAUGCCGAGAAGCAGAAGACAUUGAAGAGAUAGUCUCGUUGUGGAGUAUAUGAGGCGGAAAGUGUGAAACUAAAGAAAGAAACUAGAGGAUAUGGUAGAGAAAAUUCAAUGAUAAUGAACUCCAAUGCCAC